AUGAGCUCUGACCCUGAAAUCCAGGAGAUAACCAUCUCCUCCAAUGCGGACACCGAGAUCCUCAUCAAUGAAUACACUAGGGAUUGGAUGGGUGAGAAGGAGAUAAAAAAAUGCGUUUUGAUGAAAGUCGAGCGCGAGAAGCUACUCGAAGCUGAAUACUUCCGAGCAAUGUUUGGUCACGGGCGCUGGAUCGAGUCAGGAAGUCGGAAGAUUACCCUAGAGGAGGACAACUGCACGGCCAUGGAAGUUCUCCUGCGCAGCCUUCACGGCACCCUCGAUGACAUGCCUCUUGAUUCAGUUACUGUUGCCGGGACGUGGUACGUUAUAAUGUCCUGCGAUAAGUACAAUGUUGAUCAGAAAGGUUUGAGUUCUUGGUUCAAGGCCUGGUGGGAACAUCAAAGCCAGAAGCGCAUCACCAUAGAUAACUACAUUCGGUUUUCGAGGGAAUUGAUGUAUCCGUGCUUUGUCUUCGACAAUGCCCCUGCUUUCAUGGCGGUCACCAGGAAGCUGGUCUACGGGUGUGUAGGCCAUAUAACCGAACAUAAUCCCACCGACAUUCUAAGGAUGCACCUUCCCCCGCGCAUCAUCCAACAGCUCAAUGCGGCCCGUGGGCGAUUACGCAACAUCCUCCACAGAGAGCUACACGAUCAAGUGGCGACUAUCCUCAAGUAUGGGAGCUGUGAGUGCAAAGAACUCACUGUCUUUGAAUACUUGCGGGAACUGGCCAGAAUUGACGUGUGGCCGCUUGAAGAGUCAAUGAGAUCCGACAGUAUUAAGAAGAUGCUCGAAAGACUGCGUUUGUUUGAUGAAAAGAAAAUGAGAACCUAUACCAACCCCGGUACUGGACAGGUGCAACCAUGUCAUCGCUGUAACAAAGCUUGGGGGGCUAUCGUUGGGAGAGCAGCAAACACAGUGGCCAAAUAUUUCGAUGGUCUGUGCCUAGAUUGCAUGAACCUGAGCAAGGGUCUCCAGUCAGAUGGUGACAGAGAUGGGGAUUACUGGAAGCACAAUGAUAUGCAGAAGUGGGAUACCGGUUGCCGGGUCAAACAUGGAGAGCCCACGUGGUACUUCAGUUUUAUGGGGCGCAGAGAAAAGCGCGGCCUGAUCGGCGAUUAG